AUGUCGUACAGUAAACAGCCUUCGGAAUACCAGCCCAGAAAAAUUGGUGCUCUUCACACAAAUGAGUUCAGGUGCUACAUUGAGAAAGAUGGCACUCCGGUCUCGCCCUUCCAUGACAUUCCUCUCUAUGCAAACGAGCAGCAAACAAUUUUGAACAUGGUCGUCGAGAUCCCCAGAUGGUCCAACGCAAAACUGGAGAUCUCCAAAGACGAAUUCCUGAACCCCAUCAAGCAAGACGUCAAGAAAGGGAAGCUCCGAUUCGUUCGCAACUGCUUUCCUCACAAAGGCUACCUCUGGAACUAUGGUGCUUUCCCAAGAACCUGGGAGGAUCCCAACGUCGUACACCCUGAAACCAAGGCCAAGGGUGAUAACGACCCAUUGGAUGUCUGCGAAAUUGGUGAGCUGGUUGGCUACACCGGUCAGAUCAAGCAGGUCAAGGUCCUUGGUGUCAUGGCACUUCUCGAUGAAGAAGAGACUGACUGGAAGAUCAUUGUCAUUGAUGUCAACGAUCCUCUUGCCCCCAAGCUGAACGAUAUCGAAGACGUCGAGCGACAUCUUCCUGGCCUGCUCCGAGCGACAAACGAAUGGUUCCGCAUCUACAAGAUCCCAGAUGGAAAGCCUGAGAACCAAUUCGCCUUCAGCGGUGAAUGCAAGAACAAGAAGUACGCCGAGGAGAUUAUCCGUGAAUGCAGUGACGCUUGGGAACGUCUGGUCACCGGCAAGCAACAACGUGGUGAUAUCAAUUUGGCCAAUGUCACGAAUACCGGCUCCCCAGAUCGUGUCGAUCCAUCUCAACUCUCCAAGAUCCCUCCGGGACAGAACAUCCCCCCUGCGCCAAUCGACGGCAGCGUUGACAAGUGGUUCUUCAUCUCCGUGACCUACGGAACUCCCUAUCUUCUCCAGCUCGGUCUCACAAAGUCGAAAACAUCCCUAGUAUGGAUCGCAGGACCACUUUCAGGCUUGAUCAUGCAACCAAUUGUUGGGGCUUACGCGGAUAAAUCAACGUCAAGAUACGGCAGGCGAAGACCUUAUAUGGUCGGGGGUGCCAUAGUCACAGGUGGCGGAUUGCUGCUGCUGGGCUGGACAUCUGAAUUUGUGGGCUGCUUCCUACCCGAAGGCGACAUAAAAAAGACCAUGACCAUCCUGGUCGCUGUCAUGUGCAUUUAUACCCUCGAUUUUUCAAUCAAUGCAGUGCAGGCGUGUUGUCGCAGCUUGAUUGUCGAUACAUUACCGGUCUCGCAGCAACAAUCUGGAUCUGCGUGGGCAUCGAGGCUGGUCGCGGCAGGUCAUCUAGCCAGCUACUUCGUCGGCACUUUUGAUCUGGUUGCGAUGUUCCCACCUUGGAUGGGAGGUGACACUCAAUUCAAGAAAAUGACGGUCAUUGCAACAUUGAUUUUAUGGUCCACCGUGGGCAUAAGCUGUUGGGCUGUUACAGAGAGAGUGAGGUUGCCUAACGAGGACGACCAUACCUCGGUGAAAGAGGUACUCUUAGGUCUUGCGCGGAAGACGUUUGACCUCCCUACACGCAUACGAGCUAUAUGCUGGGUACAAUUCUGGAACUGGGUUGGCUGGUUUCCCUUCCUGUUCUACUCAAGCACAUUCGUCGGGGAAAUCUACUAUCGCUACGAGGCUCCUGCUCGCGAACUGGGUGUCGAGGAUGAACAAGACGCCCUGGGGAAUGUCGGCCGGAUAGGUAGCCUCGCAUUGGUGUUCUUCUCCUUGACCACCUUCUGUGCGUCGGUCAUAUUCCCAUUCCUCAUCAAAUCACCGGAGGCACCCGAUACGAAAUUUACACCUAGGCCCCCUGCUUCGAUUCCCAAAUUUUUCCAAAAGAUUUUGGCGGCGGCAUACGAUAUUCGACCCGAUCUGAUAUCGGCGUGGAGUUUAUCGAAUCUUUCCUUUGCCAUCAUCACGAUAUUUGCCCCGUGGGUCCGGACACUUCCUUCUGCAAGCUUCCUGGUAGCUGCUUGUGGCGUACCCUGGGCCAUAUCGUGUUGGGCACCAUUUGGCCUGCUGGGUAUCGAAAUCAAUAAGAUGUCUUCCGGAUCUCCUACCAAUAUCAGUGGUUCAACUGUGCCUGGUUAUACGGCUGUCCGUGGCAGCGUCGAUGAGAACUACGGUGUCGAGAUGGAAAUCGCGCGACAACAUCGCAGGACCUUUUCCGAGGAUGUGCUGCGACUCAAUCAUCCCGAUGAAGGUGACGCCCAUUCCUCAACAGGAGAGCUUGCGGGCGUCUACCUGGGUGUGUUGAAUGUAUAUACAACGCUGCCACAAUUUGUCGGGACGUUUGUCAGUUGGAUUGUCUUCUCGAUCCUGGAACCAAGCCAGCAUUCUCCGGUCGCUGAUGAGGUUUCCAACCAUGAUCGGUGGCUCAAUCUGAAAAAGAACGCGCCAAAUGCAAUCGCCGUGUGUAUGUUCAUCGGAGCGUUGUGCUCCUUGAUCUCAGCAGAAGCUGCUAGACGGCUGAAGCACUUGACUUGA